AUGGCACGGAUCGACAACCCCAUCAUUGGAUUCUCAGAACAAGAUGCUCGAAGGCUGCACCACCCGCAUGACGACGCACUUGUUGUCAGCCUAUGGGUAGAAUACUACAACAUGCACCGGGUUCUGGUCGACAACGGUAGCUCGGCAGACAUCCUGGCAAGAGUGUUCCCCAUUGGUGCCGUCACAUUGUCAGUAACUGUAGGUGAUUACCCCCAACAAAUCACUAAGGAUGUAACAUUCCUCGUGGUUGACUGCUCGUCUGCCUACAAUGUCAUUCUCGAACAACCCACCCUUAACUCAUGGAAAGCUAUAACUUCAACCUACCAUUUAAUGAUCAAAUCCCCUACAGAUUAUGGAGUAGGAGAACUAUGCGGAAAUCAGGUGGUAGCGCGAGAAUGCUAUAUUGCCAUGUUAGAGAUGGACGAUCACCAAUGCAUAGGAGAACAACGGGCGGUAGCGGAGCCGAUUGAAGAACUAGAAGAAGUGACCCUUGAUGACUCAAGGCUAGAACGGAUGACUAGAAUAGGCCCAUUGGCUAGUUGGCCGGUACGCCCAGCGCUCACGGCAUUCCUAAGAGACAAUCGAGACGUGUUCGCCUGGAGUCACAAGGACAUGCCGGGAAUUGACCACUCAAUCAUAGUUCACAGGUUAAAUGUAUUACCCCCAUUUUCCCCAAUCCGGCAGAAGAAACGAGUAUUCACUCAGGAGCGUGACAAAGUCAUAGCUGAGGAAGUUCGAAAGUUGCUUGAGGUAGAUUUCAUCCGAGAAGUGUACUACCCCGAUUGGUUGGCAAACGUGAUCAUGAUUAAAAAGGCCAAUGAAAAAUGGAGGAUGUGCGUAGAUUUCACGGACCUCAAUAAGGCUUGCCCUAAGGAUAGCUAUCCACUCCCACAGAUAAAUACUUUGGUAGACUCAAUUGUAAGACACCAGCUUUUAAGCUUCAUGGAUGCUUUCUCGGGCUAUAACUAG